AUGAACCAGGCGGCUGUUACGAAGCUAGAACUAGCAGCAUGCCCGCGCGUUGCUGCGAAACUGUUAAAAAAACUUGAAAAUAUUGAAAAUAACACAUCCAUGAUGACAAGGAACUUUGGACAGACAAGCAGCAGCUCUUCCAUGUCCGCAUGUACAACGAGAGCAAUAUCAAUGCCAGCUUCACGACGCUUUGGAUGGGAAUGUGGACUUGGUCGGUCGGCGGCAGCAGCCUGGCACCCUUUCGAUGUGCACAACGCUGACGGCUUGAACAACGCCUACUACAAAAACCUGGUUGGGCGGCGCAUGCUGCUGCACUCAGACCAGGAGCUCUUCAACGGCAACGCGCAGGACAUGCUGAUGAGGCAGUACAUCAACACCCCGAGAAAGAUAUCGACCAAUUUUGUAUCAGCUAUUUGA